AUGGGACGUGGAUUAUUCGAGACACCUAGGGCUAGAAGACUGAAAGUAUUUUCUAAGGAGCUGCACUUCAUGCGCACACCCCGCCACCUACGCGGAAUUAUCGAUUUGAUCAAACGAAACCGUGAUGAAGAUAGGCAGACAAUUAUGCUACGGGCUGCCCGUCUUCGUAAUGAGGAUUGGCAUUUGGGAACACUCGACCUCAAUGUCCCGCAAACAGUAGAUAAGGUGUUGAACUCCGUCGACUUUGCCGUCGAAGUAUGGCUUUUGCGGCGCUUCAACACAGCUGAAAUGCUUACUCUACGCGACCUUCAACAACUUGGCGAUUUUGUCAUACAGCCUACCGACAACAUCCUUGAACAUCUUCUAAAGUCAUUGCAACGAUCCGAAAUUGUUCGACGAGACGAUCAGAACCUUGGCUUUGUUGCUCCCACACAACGACGCAAAGAGCCUCAAAUAGUUAAGGCCUAUCGCGAGAGAUUCCAGCGGAGUUUACAAAGUCGCGAGUUGAUGGGGAUCGACCCUAACGCCGGACGCUUGUUACCAGUUGGUUCUAAGCGUGCCCUCGUUUACGACUACUGGCUCUCUCAAUUAGUCGUUUUGGAAUACGAAUUUGAGAACUACUUGCCGAGGACUUUUCGACAAUUUGUGCGCGCCAGUCUUCGUUACCAUGAAUGGACUAUUUACUGGGCUAUCACUGUCAUCAUCCUCUUGCUCGCUUUAAUUUCCACUCUGGCAGGUGUAAUGUGUGCAAUUGUGGGUGGCUUCGCUCUGUAG